AUGUCUCAAAGUUUAAUUUGCUUUGUGUGCUGCUUGCUGCUCGCUGGCGGCGUCUCAGCUGAUAACAGCUGCAUUGGCUGGGUCUAUAAGAACGAUAGCAGCGGUGACUUGGCUUUAGAUUGUCUUGCGGGCUGCGUGGGAACUCCACCGAACUGCCAACCCGACUGUGGUGGCGCUGGUUGUCCUGCAGAUAGCAGCUGCUUUCGAAAGAAUGGCAUUAAUGAAUGCGUCUGCAACAUGGGGCUAUUAGCGGAUAGGAUUGAUAGUAGCAAGGUGCCGCAGCUUCAAAGCUGCAAGCGUCCUUGCAACGUUCAGUGUCCGGCAAACAGCAAGUGUGUUGCACCAAAUGAAUGCGCCUGCAAUCCGGGCUAUGCGCCAAAUGAAAUGAAUUCCCAUCUCGUGCCACAGCUGCGCAGCUGUAGACUGCAGCAAGUUCGAAUUUUCAUAAGAAACAGGCGAAUUCUUAGACCCCCAAACGACAAUGCUGAAGCCUAUGCAAAUGAAGUAUCCUGGCGCACAUCCCUUGGUUCGUGUACAACCAGAGAUGACUUAAGCACGUUUAAGGACUGGGCAGUCUUUGUGCCCAAUAAGUUUUCGAUUUGUAAUGAUUCAUAG